CUUUAUAUCUGUUAGAGCAAAGUUCACUUCGGCUGUUCUGUCGCCGGUUUCGUUUGGCAUUACCAAACACAGUCACUGGAAGCUUCCCUAAUGCUGAAUUAACGCGUCAGGACACUCCACCUGGGACUCGUCGUUUUUUUUAGCUUGUAUUUUAUUUGUCUACACGCUUCGUACUCGGUACGGUUGCUGAGUUGAACGGCUUCACCAUGAGCGUCAUGUCUGAGAGUGUCUUUCUCUCGGCUCUGCAGCCAAACACCUCCACCGUGAGCACGUACGCCGUGCCGCCGGAGACUCAGCUCCCGCACGGCGGCGCGCACUUGGACGAAGCCGCGCGAGCCAAGCGCGUCCAGCAGCAGGUGGCCCUGAGACUAGCUGAGAAAUCCACCCUGCCCCGGCGGGCCACUUCCACCUCCACCUCCACGCAGUACGCCACCUCCACCAGCGGCCAGUACGCCACCACCUCCGGCCAGUACGCCACCACCUCCGGCCAGUACGCCGCCUCCGCCUCCGCCUCCGCGCAGUACCCCACCUCAGAGUACGGUGGUUCUGCUACAAUGAUGAAGUACCAGACCUACAAUCCAAACUUUAGCUCAAAGUCCUACAUGUACUCCUCCAACACCAGACCGGUGAUGGCCCACCGUCCAUCUCAGCAAUCUAGCAGUGGCUACUCAUCCCGCUCAGCCACUGUGGACUUUGGCAACAGAUCUCAGAUGAGUCGAGGGGCUGUUGGAGGAAUGAUGUAUAACCAUGAUGAUAUGGGUGCCAUGACAGGAAUGGGUGGCAUGGCAGGUGGCUACCAGGGCACUCAGCAGUAUCCGAUGAGCACAACGAUGCGCUCCAUGAAUCGUGGGGUUGCUGAUGUAGAGACUGCAUCAUUACAUUCAUUGCGCCUACAGUCUCUACCUCAGCAGCAGGUUACCACGUGGAUGGUGCGAAAUGGCAGUGAAGGAAGUCUGGGAUCAGAUCAGGAAGGCAACUACUCACGACAAGAUGCAAAUUAUAACAUGAGCAAUGGCUACUCAACAUAUUCACACCCACUUUCUGCCACAAUCAAUGAGUUUAGCUCUGGAGUCAGGCAGAAUUCAGCGACUCUGCCGACUAUGGGACGCUCCAUCAGUGGAACCUUGGGCCGCAAUGGAGGCGCUGGCGUCAACUUGGAGGAGGAGGCCUUUGUACGAGGCCAAACUUACAAAGGUCCCUCGCAGCGCACCAUCAGUAGGAUCACCCAAAAUCGUCAGAAUCGCUACUCUGUUUCAGCGGGGAGUAUGCAAGGAAGCAGCAGUGCAGGGGGCUUUGUGAUUGGUGGAAACGGCUCACAGGGUAACCUGAGUAUGAUGAAACAAGGAAGGAUAUCUCGUGCUCCCUCUAUGAGGAGUGUGAUCAGUGUUGGCAAAGGCAAGGAUGUGUAUGAUGGCAUGGAUAUGACAGGCAGCAUGGGCAAUCUGAGUGGAUUGGGUGCUCUGGACAUGACAACUGCCAUGAGCUACCUCAUGUCAUCUGAAAAGGAACAGCAAGCACUAGGAGCUGCUUACAUUCAGCAUGAGUGCUAUCACAACAAAGAUGCCAAGAAACAAGUGAACCAGAUGAAAGGCAUACCCUUACUAGUUCAGUUGUUUAACAGUGAGUCUCAGAGGGUGCAACAGUAUGCCACUGGAGCGGCCAGGAACCUAAUCUACGAGAACAUGGAAAACAAAGUGGCUCUAAUUGAAGCUGGAGGAAUCCCUAAACUUAUGCUAGCUCUGAAAGAACCUGAUGAUGAACUCCAAAAGAACAUCACUGGAAUUCUGUGGAAUCUCUCCUCUAAAGACACCCUGAAAGAGAAGUUGGCGAGGGAGACACUUCCAAAGCUGACUGAAGAUAUACUGAUUCCUCUCUCAGGCACUGGAGAUAGAGAUAUAAUUGAGCACAAUGAGUCAGAGUCAGACAUCUUCUUCAAUACUACCGGAUGCCUCAGGAACCUAAGUUCUGUAAAUGCUGCAACCCGUCAGCAGAUGAGGGAAAUCCCUGGAUUAAUUGAUGCCCUGGUAGGGUUCCUUCAGAAAGCAGUGGAUGACUGCAGAGUAGAGCAGAAGGGAGUGGAGAAUGCUGUGUGUGUGCUGAGGAACUUGUCCUUUCAGCUGUAUGAAGAGAUCCCCCCCUCAGUUGCGAUGCGCUUGGAGGGCAAGAGUCGAAAUCAGGCUUCCUCUCAUGGAGAGCCUAUUGGUUGUUUCACUCCUCAGAGCAGAAAAGCAAAAGAUAGUCAGAACCAGGACCUGUCUACAUUCUCUGAGGUGUCCCGGACACCUAGGGCAAGUGAGUGGCUGUGGCAUCCUAAGGUGGUAGGCCUGUAUCAUAAUAUCCUUAAACGCUGUGAAACAAACUCUAUCACGCGAGAGGCUGCUGCUGGAGCUCUGCAAAACAUUACUGCUGGAGAUAGAAGGUGGCCAUCCAUACUGAGUCGUGUUGCCUUAGAACAAGAACGCAUGUUACCUUCUAUUCUGGAUAAUCUCAAGACAAACAACGAUCUAGAGAUGCGUUCUCUAACUGGAUUUCUCAGGAACCUGUCCCGCCACUCCAGGGACAAAAACAGCCUAGCCCCUAAGGUGGUGUCACACUUAGUGACGAUAUUGCCAGCUGAUGGUCUUCAGAAGACACCUUGCCCAGAUGUGGUUAUUAACAUUUGUGGUGCACUUAACAACCUUGUAAGCUCCAGUGAGGUGGCUGCACGAGACAUAGCCUUCUUUGAUGGACUACCCAAGCUGGUGGGCAUCAAGAACUCUCAUGAUGACAGUCAAGGCAAACAGAAGCAAGCCAAAGCAGCAGCUACAGUCCUGUGCAACAUGUACCAGUAUAAAAAACUACAGAAAGAUUACAAAAAGAAAGGAUUCCAGAAAGAGGAUUUUACCGAAUUGAGCUUCUAAAUAAAGGCUGGAACUGUGUGGAUGUAAUUGCAUGUAUGUAAAUAAGAAAUGGAUAGGGGGAAAAAAUGAACAAUAAACAAUAGCUGAAUAUUUCAGCUGUGACAUUUGUUUAGUGCAACACAACCUGCUCUGGACUACUGGAAUCAUUUGGAAGACAUCUGGAAACCAACAGUGCAUUUCAACAAUGUGUGCUGUUCAUGAAACUGGACGUGAUUGAUGGAGGAUGCACCUUACUUAAAUUCCUGUAGACAUCAACUUUUUCUUUUUUUUUUUUUUUUUUUUAAUCUUCAGGGAUUUUUGGCCUUUUUGUGGCCUCUCUCAGCAAUUCACAGCACCAUUAUUGACUGUUGUGUAUCAGUUUUUUUUUUUCUUUUUCUUUUAAGGAGAUUUCCCAAUCUUCAAUCCCAAUCAUAUAGUAGUUCAUGGGAUUCAUUUCUUUUUAUAUUUUUUUAUUGUAAAUUACUGUGACAGGGUUUUUCCCCAUUAGGACUGAUAUCUGGGAAAAUGGUUGUGGGAUUUGAGAAAAAUGUGAGCAAGAUGGUAAAUAUUUUUAGGCAACACACAUACACAUUGUGAUUAAUCUUUUUUUUUUUCAUUUCCAAAGAAACUGUGUCUAUAUUGUUAUAUUGAGCCUGUAAGUAAAAGCUUAUAUCUCAGUUUUUUCACUGUGCAUACUAGAUGAAACUUACUAUCAAAUACCAGGACUUUUGUAGAACAGUUAGGGUAGCCUCAAAAUAAGCACUUGUGUCUAGCACCAAAUGACAUUGUUACUGUCACCCAUUUUAAGAAAAAUUAAAUAAGCGGUAUAAAAAAAAUCUGUCACAUUUAUACUGUAUGUUUCUUAAGCAAUUCUCGUACAUCACUAGGAUAAUUUUUUAUCCUGCAUCUCGCUGAAUGGCCAAGUGUGAAUGCACUGCUUGCAGUAAAGACAUUAAAACAUAGCUACAUAGUAGGCUAAACUUAGCUAAAUAUAACUCCUUUUCUAGCAUCUGCUCACAAAUGUAUUUUCAUGGUGUUGUAUUAAAACCUAAAACAGCAAAAACCUAAUAGAAAAAAGAACACAUGAAUGUAUAUUGUUUUGUUUUUGUUUUGUUUUGUUACAUACAUUGUUUCCGUUGAAAUGCAGCUCUUGAUGCUUGGGUUGACAUUAUAUACCUUUUUUUAUUUAGCAAUAUUAAAUAUCUAUAAAUCUAUUUUCCUAAUACAUUUAUAGCAAUUUUGUGCAGUUCUGGGCAAAAUGCAAUGUUUUUGGCAGUGGUAGUUGUUUUAUAUAUUCACAGUAGAGGUGAUCAUGCACCAUCUUUUCUGGAAUCUUUAUUGAUAAUGAUUUUUCAUCUUUCUAAAUAUAUUUUCUGUUAUAAAAACUGAAUGUUUGGGGUACAUUGGUUAUAGAAUGUGUGUAUAUUUAGAGUGUUGUCUAUGAGACAACUCGUGCAUUGUUUAAAAUACUUUCUUUAAAUCUAUACAUCGUAUUUUUAUUUUGGGGAAUAAUAUGAGUAGGGUGUGUAUGCCAAAUAUUCUUUAACGAGAAUUCUCAAAUUAAUGCCUAAUAUAGUGUACACUGCCUGUUUUAUAAAAAAAAAAAUUUCACUAAUACCUUUAUUCAUGCUCUGAAUUGUUCAUGUUUGCAAGCUAAUACUUAGUUGUCAUAUGUUGCCUUGUUUAAAACAAAUAAAAUAUGAUCUUAAUCCUAAA